GGUGCCGUCGUCAUCAUUGCCGACAUCGACGACACUGCCGGAGAAUCCCUUGCUGCUUCCCUCCCCCACUCUACCACCUUCGUCCACUGUGACGUCACCCGAGAACCCGACAUAGAACACCUCAUCAAACUCGCUCUCUCCCGUCAUCACAAGCUCGACAUCCUUUGCAACAUUGCAGGCGUGCUCGGUUGCCAGACCCCUGGCGACAAAUCCAUAACCAAGCUCGAUGCCGACGAGUUCGACCGUGUAAUGCAGGUAAACGUGCGGGGAUCUGCGCUCUGCAUGAAGCACGGGGCACGGGCGAUGGUGCUUCAACGGUCCGGAUGCAUCGUGUCGAUGGCUAGCGUGGCCGGAGUCUUAGGUGGGCUCGGGCCGCAUUCAUAUACCGCAUCUAAGCAUGCGAUCGUCGGGCUUACUAAAAAUGUAGCCUGUGAGCUCGGCGCCAGUGGGAUCAGGGUUAACUGUAUUUCUCCUUUUGGUGUUGCUACUAGAAUGCUGGUUGAUGCUUGGAGAGAUGAGGGAGCAGUUGGAGUUCCAAGUGAGAAUGAGAUAGAGAAGAUGGAGGAUUUUGUGAGGGGGGUAGCUACUCUCAAGGGGUGCAAACUGACUGUUAGAGAUGUGGCUGAAGCUGCUUUGUACCUCGUUAGUGAUGAGGCUAAGUAUGUUAGCGGGCAUAAUCUUGUCGUGGAUGGAGGUGUGACUACCUCUAGAAAUGUUAUUGGGUUGUAAAUAGGAGUUAAUGUUUCUGAUAUUUUGCUUUGAGAGCUUGAUAUCUACAUGUUACUUCUAUGUUGGAUGGAACGGAAUGAUACGAGUGUUUUUGAGUAAAUUCAAAGACGCAGGUAAUCUUUGCCGUUUGAUUGUACGAUCCUUUUUUUUUCUCUGGCAUUAUAGUUUUAUACCGGAUUGGAGGGCAAUCCCAGAGCAGCAAGAGGCACACUGACUCAGAAAUUUCUAAUCAUUCUUCUUAU